UUUCAAAAUUAUGAAAAGAAGAGCAUAAAAAUUAUUUAAUAGAAAGUUCAUAUAUAAGGCUUUACAUGAACUUUAAAAAGACAAACAUGGCUCGCAGAGUAUUCUUGACAGCGAGAUAAGAUUUAUCGUCUAACUUUAUUUAUAUUUUAAAAUGAAGAAUCAUAUUACAUUAUACAUAACAAGCGGAUUAAAACGACAUCCUUUGAUGAUUAACAAGUUCUAAUAUAAAGGAAUUUAUAAGUAAAAGAAGAGUUAGUUGAAGAUUAGUUGAAGAUUGAACAGAGAUUAAAGUUAAUCUACAUAGAAACGGGAAUGAAAAACAUUGUCUAAUGUGUGUUGGCAUAAUAUUUACAGGAAAUAUUGUUUACUUGUUUAUAAAGACAAAAAUAAACGCUUAAAUCAUAUUACAUUGUACCUCUGUACAAGAACGAGAAAAACAGUUUUUACCUGAAGUUCAAAUGAUAAGUACAUGUUUUGAUAUAAAGGAAUUUAAAAAGUAGAAGAACAAGUGGAUGAAAUUGGCUAAGAGAAUAUUGCUUCACGAUGCUGCUGAACGCUCCUUUGAUCCCAUUCUUCCUUGGAAUAUUCGCAAAUGUUUCAAAAGAAUCAGAUUUUGCUCCGGAAUAUUUAUUCGAGGUGAACAAAACCGUGAUAGAAUAUGGUAACAUGGGGAAAUUUUUCCAAGUUACACAAUUAAGUUCUACAGUAACAUGUCAUCCCUUUUUGAUGGAAACUCUUUACUGUGAUUUACAUAAUGUCAUGACCUCAAAGCAUUCAAAGUUCCAAACAGUUACGUGGAAGAGAUUGGAAGACAAACAGUCAUUUAGAAUGGAUUUCAACUAUUGUGGUUUACAAAGUUUAUUACAUCGCGAAAAAAAUUACAAGGAAAUAUAUCGCGGGCUUAUUUCUGAUAUUGGUAGUCAAUUCAACCUAUUUUUUGAUAUAAGGAAUGCAUUAAAUUCAAGUUUGGUCGAAAAUGUAACGACAUCAUCUGGUACUUGCGAUAUCACAUGUGAUAUAGAUAUGAAGAAGAAUGCAUUUAAAGAAACGAAUUUCCAAAUUAAACUGUUAACAGAAGAUUUCUCUAACCAAAAAGAUUCACGUGUAUAUAUUAUUAAUAAUAAAACAGACUGCACGUCAUUGGGAUUUCAUGACAUUAUGAUGGAAUUGGAAAUAACAGGAUGUACCCACAUGAUAAGUGUAACUGAUAAUAAAUUAAAAAUAUUUACCAAAUUAGAGCAUGUAGAAACUUUAAAAAACGUUAUGGUUUAUGCAAUAUAUGUAAAUCUGAUUGACAUUAAAUCUCGAAAAACAAUAUUACUUAGUGAUAUGUCAUUAAAUAAUUGGACCGUACCUUAG